AUGACAAGCCUAGUUGGUUACGUAAGAUCUUUUCUCCUGAGAUGUCAUCGUAUUCGUCUGUUUCAUGCCAAGACAUUAUUGGAGGAGAUCAAUGAUCCUGAAAUAGCCAGAACUUGUGGAAACAAAUGGUUCAAAAAAGAUCUUUACACUCAGGCUUUGAAAUUCUACGAUCGAGCAUUAGAGCUUGAUCCCAAAAACGCGGCGCACCAUAGCAAUCGAGGAGCUGCAUUGUCGAGACUGGGAAAGAUUUGGGAAGGUGUGAAAGAGUGUGAAAAAGCCAUAAAUUUGGAUCCAAAAUUUGCAUUAGCUCAUCAAAAUUUAGCCUUGAUGCUUCUUAGAUUAGGCCAGGUCGAUAAUGCGAGGAAGUGUUAUGUGAAGGAACGAUCAGAUGCCAAGUUUUUGGCCAUGAUUAAAGAAGUCGACACACACUGGGAAAAAUGCGCAUAUGCAAGAAGACGCGACGAAUGGAACGAUGUUUUACGUGAAGCAGGUGCGGCUAUGGUGUCUGGAGCUGAUUUGUCUCCUCAGCUAGCUAUGUGUAAAGUUGAAGCACUAGUGAAACUCCAACGGCUUAAUGAGGCUCAAAAGGAACUAGAACACGUCCCCGAAGUAGAGCCAUUCCCAGCUUCUUUCUCACAAACUCGAAUUUUCGAUAUGAUCAGUGAAGCGUACACAUAUUUUGUGAAAUCCCAUAUAUACUUUGCGCUAGAAAGGUUUGAUGAUGCAGCUAAAGCUAUAGCAAAAGCUUCAGAGUUUGAUCCACAGAACAUUGAAGUUAAAAUUUAUAAGAAAAUUGUUAAACUGAUUCAAAGGGCUUUGUCAAACAGCAAGCUGGAAAAAUGGGCUGAAGGAGUGAGGGAUUAUGAGUCGUUAAGUCAGGCACUACCUUAUGAUAAAUACAUUGCUAAAUCUUUGUUUCAGGCUCAAGUUGCAUUGAGGUUUUCUCACGAUGAUUCCUUGACUUGA